AUGCCUCAAUCUGCUGCCUCAGGUGUUGAUCUGUCAGCCGAGGUCCGCGAAACAGUCAACUCUUUCACCUUCUCAGCUUCCAAGCCUCCAUAUUCUACCCAAGAUUCUUCUUCAAGACAUCUCACAUCCUCCAUGCACCGUCUCAAACCUUCAACUAUCUCUCGGCAGCUGCCGAGCAGUUUACCUCGCUCAAUUCCCAGGCGCAACUUCGCCGUUGCGGCUCAUCAGCCUAACAGUUCUCCGCAAUCUGACCCCCGCGACCCAGCAAAUAUACCAAAUCAACCCCAAAAUACCAACACAACCCCCCCCAACCGGACCAACCUGACGGAACCCACUUCUCAUCUAGCAGUCCCCAAAUCCUAUACUCUCAAGAAUGCUGUUGUGGAGGGUCAAGGUCAAUGCUGGCUGGACAAUGAGGUAUUGUACUUGCAUCGCAGCAACGGCACAACAAUGAAACUCCCUUAUACCUACCUUCGCGAUUUCUGUCAGUGUCCGCUCUGUAAGGAUGAACACUCGCACCAACGUCCUUUUCGCACAAACGAUAUUCCAAAGGAUGUUAAGCCAAGCUGGGUCAAAUGGACUGGAACCACCCUAGACAUUCAAUGGGCCAACGAUAUUCCCGGUUGGCCAGCCCACCACAACUCACAUUGGAGCAUUGACCAGCUGCAAAAGCCGACACUCGAUCCUCAUGUGACAGUGAGGCCCACGAAACCAGUGACAUGGAGUGGAUCUUAUAUGAACCAGGAACAGCAUUGGAUCUCUUACGAGGAUUAUGUUGGGGGUGGCUUUCAGUUUGCCAAAGCCAUGAAUCAGCUACAAACCAAGGGCCUGAUUUUCAUCAAGAAUAUUCCGAAAUCCAGGGAAAUGGUGGAACAGAUCGCCACAAGCAUGGGCCCUUUGCGGAACUCAUUCUAUGGCUCAACAUUUGAUGUGCGGACUGUUCCAAAUGCGCAAAAUGUGGCAUAUACAAACACAUUCCUUGGAUUUCACAUGGACUUGAUGUACAUGAACGAGCCACCUGGAUACCAACUCCUUCACUGUUUGGAGAACUCAUGUCAGGGAGGCGAGUCGCUGUUCGCUGAUGCAUUUCAUGCCGCUGCAAAAAUGCGUGCUAAGCACCCCCACGAUUUUAAAAAGCUGUCGGAGCAGCGCUUGGGCUAUGAGUACAGACACGAGAACAGCAUUUACUAUAAUGAGCGACCAGUGUUCGAGCUUGACCCCAGAACGCAAGAAAUGCGCCAUGUCAAUUAUUCGCCCCCGUUCCAAUCUGCUCUUCCGCCUUCAAAGGGGGUUGAACAGGAUUCAAGCUCUAUCCAUGAGUUGCAAGAUGCCCUCUCCAUAUUCACUAGUCUAAUUGAGCAAAGAGAUUCCAUCUUUGAACUGAAGCUCAACCCAGGAGAGUGUGCCAUCUUUGACAACCGACGAAUUGUCCAUGCGCGCCGGCAAUUUGACUCCACCGGAGGAUCUCGCUGGCUAGCAGGUGCAUAUGUCGAUACCGAUGCGCUGCUUUCCUGCUUUGCUGUCGGCCGGACCAAUUUCCCUGCAGCCUGGAAGAAACCAAAGUAA